AUGACGUUUCUCGACUCCAUAGUCAAUCCUACUACAAUCUAUUAUGCCUGGCAAGCGUGCCAAUUCAGCCUCUGCGGCGCAGCCCCGUCCGGCCAAGAGUCCCAAGACCGAUUAGAACAGCGGCGAAGCAAGCGCUGGUCAAAGGCCUGCGUCUCUGUCAACCUAGACGCCGACUAUGCUAAGUUCGUGGCAGAAGACUAUGAUCAUGCCUUUUCGUAUGUCUGCUUUUGCCCACCCUCUAGUGCGACCGAUGAGGAAGACGACGACCGGGAGACAGCGAGCAGUGCAGAUGAGGAGCCUGAGGACUCAGCAGAGGAUAUCAAGUCGAAAUCCAAAUGCGAUGGCGGCAAAAAAUGCUUUUGCCAGAAAUCUCCCGCAGAUCAUUCCGGAUAUCCGUGGGUGGCCUCACGUGCAGGUGUGCGGAAGUUUACAAACCAGCGUGUUCAUGCGGAUAUACGCUGCCCGGACUUUUUCGAUAUGUAUGUAUACAAUGACUUCGCAGGUUUUGGCCUUGUAGAGGUCGCGCAAAACCUGGUCUUUGAUUUUGUGGAGGCCGAAGGCGACUGGAAAGAACAGUGGGCGGUCUGUAAGGCUGCGAGUCUCUCCAUCAUGGGCGACAUGUUCAUGCCUAUAACACAAAUCGAAGAUGGAGAUCUCGCGAACGAUACAUUCUGUCUGCUUAUGGCGAUGUUCCUCACUAUGCUUCACAAGCUAGGGUCCUAG